UGUGACGAGGAUGGCUCACGAUGCCUCGGAUUCAUCCGAAACGUGCACGCGUGGGGACCACUGUCGUCUAACUAUGACUGAACUUCGUUGUUUUGGGGUCCGGGUGACCGAUAACAGAAUACGUACUGUGGGUCAUGGUUGAUGUUGGGACGUGCUGACUGUUCUGAGUGCAUGUGGGUUCAUUUCCUCCGUGUGUUUCAGGGAAUGGCUACACACGGACGAAGCCGCUCUGCUGGUGGUUCCGCCCCGCAUGGAGAGGAGCGUCGAUGGACGACGUCGUUGCCGGCAAGGGAAACGAGUCGGGGAGGUGGCGGUGGGGAGGAAGAACGACGGGCUCAAAACUUGUGGUGCGACUAUAGCAAACGUGUCUGGUGUUUGGACCGGGCGAGCCAGGACGGCUCCAGCCCGUUGCAACCACCGUGCGGGCCGCUCUUGUUCGUCGCAGUUCGCGCCGACAGAACGCGUCUCGCAGGGUCCAUCGUCCAGUGGGUCGACGUUGGCGAAUACAAUUUCAAGUUUACGUUGAAGAAGCAUUACAAAAGUGAUGGUUCCGUCGACGACAUCGCAAAAGGAUGCAAGGUUGCCGGGAGGAUGUUCGGCGGGGGUGCAGAAGGACGUCGUCUUGCCAUCCAUCCCGAAAUAAUAUUAGCUAUUCCAGAUUGGGAAGACGUGUACAACCAUCGAUCCUUGGACGAGUUCCUCGUUGAUACCAUCGCGUUGGCUAUAAUCGACUGCUACGAACGUAAAGACAUGAGAUACACGAAGCCCAUUUUCGUUCUCGCUCCGAUCAUCGCGCCUCCAGAGAACGGCGAGCCUGUUGUGCGCGUGCUGCCUGCUGACUUCAACAACUCACAGCCGGAGAAAUACUGGUAUUAUCCUGUGUGUGGACAGCAUAACGCGAGGGCGGCGAUGAAGGUGAAAGACCAUCCCGUGUUUGAGUACUACAACUUCUGUAAAUGGCCGUUCAGACCGAUCUACUUCCCUGACGACGAUUUCGACGGCUACGCCCAUGUCAGCUGCGAAGACAACAUGAAAGACAAGAAGAAUCCACCGUGCUUGCAGGUUUUGUCUAUGCGGGACAUUCGCAAUAUCUGGAAAAUUAAGGGCAAACCGCGUGUGGUGCUCGACAAUGCGUCGAAGAAAAAGGACGAGGUGCGAAAGUGGGUGCAGUUCAUGGCGUUGGCUAUGAAGAAGACACCGUACACGCGUUUGUGGAACCUGUCAACUGAAGAAAACAAAAGAAAGCAAUGGGCUGAGAAACUUCGAUACUACCUCCCGCUGGCCAUGGCAGAUGACUCCGUCUUCGCUUUGGGAGAGAAGUUCUACGAGGAGUGGUCGAAAGGGAAAUUGCUUGCUUCUGACGGCCGGCGUUGGACUGAAAAGCCGCCCACCUAUGAGGAGGUGGCCAAGCCAGGACUCUCCACUGUGACUGACAGCCAGGGGCUGAAGAAACACAUCUGGUACGUGAAGGUGGACGACCCGUCAUUGAAAAAGGGCAAGGGGAAGCCAAAGAAAGCCGCGGAGGAGAAAACUUUCUACGUCCAAGUUCCUGAGCCGGAUGUCCACUGCUGGAAGGAAUUGGUGGACUUGACGGACCGCGAGAAGAAAAGGCUGUUGAACGGCGUCUUGAACCUUAACGUCGUGUGGGUUCAAACGAAGUUCGAGUACGAGGAAAUGGAUAAGCGGGAGUGGAAUGCCAACUCCACGUUCAUCAGAUCCAAGAAGCAACUGUUCGAAGAGUUCAAGGACAAAGGUCUCGACGGCAAGCUUUGGAACGAGAGCAGGAAAUUUUUCACGGACUUUCUGUACGUCAACAAGUGCCCUCAGUUUCUCGGGUGUCAACACGACAACAACAUCAAGAGAACGGCGGCCCUUAUCAACGACCAGCAUUUCCCGGUGGAGUGGAAGCGUGUCGUCCUUUCGGUGAUCACGGGAGAUCGUGCCAAAGGCAAAAAAAGCCCUCGGGGCGUUGAUGAAUGCAUCAACAUCAUGUGGACGAGGACAAGCGCCUUGACGACGCUGGCCCAGUUUAACGUCGACGCAUUGAGUGCCAUAGAUCAUAAGGAGGCGCUGGGAAAACUAGGGCAUCAGCUACGCUCCCACACUUGCGUGCUCAUCUUGUGUGGAACUGUGGACCGUGCGCAAUGGGACUCUGGGGCAUUCGCGUCUCUGAGUGAGUUGCUGGGCUUCGUUUGUCAGGACUACUGGACAUUGGUGGUAUUCGUUCCCUGCCUGUGGAACCUCUCCUUCAUGACAUCUUUGUCUGCGCUUGGGGCUACCCGAUGCUACACGGGGAAGUGGGUUCGGAAGACGGCAGCGAAGAAGACGCAUCAGUUCGGAAACAACAUCUGGGAGAAGCCGGAUGUGAUGCACAUUCUUUUCAAAGGCGAGGAUCCUCGGCUACUGACUCACCUGGUGUACGAGGAAGCUGUUGCUGAAGACGACGACGCCGCUCUCCAUAAGAAACAGAAAGUGACACCCACAGAUGUGGAGGAGAAGUCUUUCAAGUCCUUGACUUUCACGGACAUCGGAAACCUCACCCAGAGGGGGGCUCUGUACAAGGACGGCGAGCGGAAUCCGAAUCAGUUAUGCAAUCAGCUUCUUUUCUUCUGUGGUGUGGCGGAUGCCGUGCUGUUYUUGGGCAAGCCGCACGCGCAGGUGGUGUGGAGUCUGCUUCAGCAGGGAAGGCACGUCUUGGCCGUGGAUGGGGACACAAUGCAUCUCGAAUACACCGUGCAGUAUGUCACCCAUGAACCCGUUUAUGACCCGAACAAGGACAUGUUCUUCAAGUUCACUCCGAAGAAAAGGCGCCAGGUCUACUCCUUCCUUUACAGCGAACAACCAAGGUUGAGAUUUGACCCGCAGUACGUGGUGCGGAAGGAAGUCGCCAUUGCAGUCCUCCAGGGCUACCACGGAGCGAGUUGGGCCGACGCUGUGAGCUUCAUUAAGAGGCUGGAAUAUGUGUUUUUUAACGAGAAUGUUGUCGAUCCGCCCGAUUUCACGUUGGAUAACUACAAGCUGGCAUUCGGUGAGGAGGACGACUUCAAUAUCGAGACUGAGCAGGAGGAGAGCGUUGAGGACGACCUCUUCGAUUUGGACGGGCAAUUGGCCAUCUUCAAUGCCCAAGUUUCUGAGUCGCCGUCAGUAUGCAAACCGGGGACACCUCUCGCUACACCCACCUCGAGCGGCCCCACGGCCGUGUCCUCCUCAGCGCCUGUCAAGAGGGGAGUUGUGAAGCGCAAGUCUCGCGGAAAGGACGGCGAAGGGGAUGGUAAAGGCGGCGGGCAACGAGGUACCGAAGGUGGAAGUGAACAACGCUCAACGAAACAGCGGUCUCCGGGGCACGCAGGCGGUGAAGAGGGGAAAAAGGGCAGGCGGGAGAAGAAAAAGCCUCGCAGCGGAGAGAAGACAAAACAUCACACAGGAGACGGGCAGGGGUCCGAUGUCGACCGCGACGAGGACGGUGGGGUUCUGGCGGUGACAGGCAGCACCUCAAUGGAGACGGGGAACGACUUCAGGCCUGGGUGGAUUACACGGCCUUGCGAGCAGGACCCUGUGAUUAGCUCCACCAGCGCAACACAGUAUACCGAUGCUGUUGGCGGGGCAGUUGCAGCAAAGAAUGAAACUUGCUUCGCUCAGCUCCAAAAACGGUUGGCCGAUUGUCUCAGAUCUAUCCGAACCUCGGAGACGACAUCGUUGUCCGGAACUCAGUGCCUUCCGGGAAGCGAGACGACAACAUACCACAGAUCCGGCAGCGACAAGCUCCAACCAUGUUCGGUUUCGCCUCAAAAGGAAGUUCGGAUUAAUCCGAACCCAGAAGCCAGUACCGUUGAGAGAGCACAGCGAUCUGCGGAACUCGAACGGGUGGUUCGGGUUUCCGAAAACCCUGGCGGCGAAAUUCGGAUUCAUCUGAACCAGGAGGACAUGUCCGUUAUGACAGACGACCGGUGUCAGGACACCGUCAUGCUGUGCAUGGAAGUCCACAAGGAGCUGCAGGCAGACUGUCCGACUGAGGGUGAGUUAGCGACCAGUUUCAAUGUCGAGCCCCGCACACUCGGAGCCGAAUGCCUGGUGACGGUACGCACUGAGUUAGCAGUCUUGAGCGACUCUCCGGUGAAAGCGGACACGUCAUCACCGUUGGAAACUGCGGUGGCUCGGAUGAAUCCGAACCAGGACCCUGUGAGCAUGUCCCUCCCUGGUGCAGCUUUGGAGACGACCGUAAUUCGGAUUCAUCCGAGACACACGGACAAAGGACUUGACAAUUGUCGACUUCACACGACUUUGGACAAGGACGAUUCCGCCGACGACCGGAUUGAUCCGACACUCGGCGACGUCGGGAUGGAGCAACUAGUUCAGCCGGCAUACGACGACCCCUUGUACUUCGGCCUUCACGACGAGGCGAUGGGAGAGGACGUUCUGAAGAAGUCCUCUGACGCUGUUGGAGAUAGAUUUCUCUAUUUGAGUGACGACGAUAAAGACACAGCGCACGAGGACAAGAAGUUAAGGGGGGAAGAGGUGUUGUUGGACAUCCAUGGGACCUUGAGCACAACACAAUGCGACACAGUGGCGACGGAGGAAACCCAAGCUGUCGAUGUUGUGGACGUCGACGCUCUUUGUCUGGAGACGGACAGACUAAAAUUGCCCGUCGCGGACAUGGAGGAUUUCCGCCAUCGGGAUGGGGAUGAAUUCAUGCCAUCGCCGGUCAUCGACGCCGACAUCUCGAACCUGUCAAGCUUCCCUGUGAGUUUGGAGCACGUCGUCGCCGCGUCGACGCGCACGGGGGCGCCAAUCGUGCUGGGACUGCCAUCAGUGGGCUUUGGUGACGUUGAAGCUAAGCCUGGUGAGCACUGUCUUCCUUUGCUUGCUUCCCGCUCGUCAUCCCGCUCGUGAAGUGUUGUUUGCUUCGUCGAUUUCGGGGAGGUGUGUACGAGGCCGCCAACUGGAUUUUACGAUGUGCUUCGUGAGG